CGGUAGGUAGGGAGGAACCGCCCGCGUCGCGUUAUUCAGUACACGCUUGCCUAAAAAAGCCCUUCGACUAAGUGACUUUUAAAGGAACUUUUUCGUUCGACCUUAAAUGACACGCCAGAUUAGUGCGGCGCUAUUUAAGGUGGAAUGGAGAGAUCUAGUGACAUUUUAUUUCAUUAACCCCUUUACAGUGUGCCUAUGCCAGAGGAGGACUUGCGGACUGGAACCACUCGAAUACUGGACAAACGGCGAGAGAUAAAGUACAUGGAUGAUGUUCUCAGAAACCAAAAAGAGGAGUUUGAAGCAAAGAAAAAGAGUCUAGAACAGAGGAGAGACGAGUUGAGGAAAAAAGAAGAAAAACUUAAGGACUCUUUACUGAAUUUCAACAAAUAUCUGAAAGACAACGAUGCUAAGCAAGCACGCGGUCUGAAAAAGGCAGAGGCAGAGAAAGCUCUGGUGAGAGAGAGGGAGAAGGAGGUCCAGCAGUUACAGAGACACAUUGCUGCCCUGCUAACCAAGAAGGAGAAAAUGCAGAAGCGAGUCAGCCAGAACCGAAUCUACUGGAGCUUUUUAGACAGUGUCCUGAAGUCCUCAAAGAAGUUUGAGGACAUUGGAAAGUUCAUUGGCCGCUUCGAGACACUGGUGUGUACGAGGGAGCAGCUGCUGAAGCGGCAGAGCACGGUGGAGAGCGAGAGAGAGAGGGAAGCCGUGCAGCUGAGGCGAUAUGUCAGCGAGAGGAGCUCAGCGUUACUGCAUUAUAACAACACACUCUCACAACUACAGACUGAACUGGACACCAUCCUUUCUCAGGCUCUCAGAUGGGAAUCCACGUGGAAUCACAUCCAGGCAACAGCUGCCAAAGAGACAUUACUUUUGGGCCAGAUAAAGAUUGUGACGCUGAAUCUUUAUCACAUGACUGGCAGAGUCACAAGUGGUGCUGAAGGGUUUAAUGUUGAUGACACUCUGGAUCAGCUGGACAGGAUUCAGCUGUACAUCCAGAAGCGGGCUGAGAUUGUUCGGGAUCUGGGGUCAGACAAAGGGUCCAUCAAAGCCAGCGACCACGCGUGAAACUCCACACAAAUUUCUGCGAACGAUCUUCCAAAGACAACCACAAAUAUUUUAAUGGAUCCAAUAAGGUUAUUUAAAACUGUGCAAAACAAUCCCUUCAUUCAGCCAGUACAUGCUUGUUGUUAAACAUCAGGGGAAAAGGCAUAAAAGAUAUUAAACUGAAAAUGACAUAGAAGCCUCAACAACUGAAUCUACUAUCAGAUGUUUGAGUUUUAGAGUGUCACCCCUACACAUUAGUUGUCUCAGAGUGAAAGCAGUUCAGUUUUCAGAUAUGUAGUGAGAUGGUCUCACACUUUUAAGUGAUGUUCAUAUUAAACAGUGAUAGCAAAUAAAAAAAUAAGCACUCACUCA